UAUACUUAAUACAUGUACAUAAUCAUAAUUGUAUUGUUUCUAGAUUACUUUAUCUUCUGUGAAUAAUUAUAGUUAGAAAGAUCAUUGUGUACGCUCGUCUAGAAUCACAGUCGAAAAUUCAUGUGUUGUUUGUAUACUUUUUUGCGUCACAUUUUUCGUACUCGAGUAAGAUGAUAUGUUGAUAUUUAUAAUUUACUUUACCCAAAAUGAGUAAUCAAACAGACGAUAAUAGUUCGGAAAGUGAAAGUGAGUUUUUUGUAUCUCCGAAUGAAAUUGAUUUGGAUUCAAAUUUUUUCCAUAACAAAGGGAAAAAGACUAACGUAACAUUACGCAAAGCCGGCAAUUGUGAAAAUUCCGACGAUAGCGAUGAAUUUAGCAACGUCAAUGAUAACAAUUCUGUUGAAAUAUUUAGCCAAGUAUUAAAAAAUUUGGAAAAUACUCAAGCGAUUUGUACACAAAGUGAACAAAAUUCUGACAAAAAUGAGACUACCAUUGAUUCAUCAACAAAGCAAAAGAAAACAAAAGUUAUAUGUUCUGAGGAUGAGAAAAAUCAUCUAUCCCAACACGUGAAUGAACUUUUGUUUGAAGGAGAAGGUAAAACGUUUGAGUUGGAUGGUAAUGAAGAUAACAGCGAAGAUGAAAAAUUAAAUGAUGCAGCUGGUUCUGAUAAUUAUACUACUCCAAAAGAAGGAGUAAAAAUAACGUUACCUGGUACUGCUGUAAUAUUUAACAAAAAGAGGAAUGGUCCAGAUUUAAAUACAAUUAUUGAAAAUCGAAUCAAUCAGAGGUUAAGGGCUAAUCAAGUAUUGAUACACAAAGUAGGAAUACUUUGUUGGUUUGCACAUGGAUUCCAUGUGAAUAAAGUAAUCAAUGAUACAGAAAUAAUGUCUGCAUCGUUGUCCCUUAUUCCAACUGAAAAUUUACCUAAAAAGAGGUCUGAUUUGAAAUAUAUAGAAAAAUUUGUCACAUGGUUUAAAAAAAAAUUUGUAUUCAAGGAGAAAGAAGAAAAAGAGGAAUGUAUAACAAAAGAUAUGUUGUUGAAAAGAUUAAAGGAGAAAGAAGUAUUUAAUUAUAAAGAAUUAGUAUUCUUAUGUAUAGCAAUGCUCAGAGCAAUAGGAUUAAAUUGUCGUUUGAUUAUAUCUUUUCAUCCACCACCGUUAAAAUUACAACGGAGUCAAUUGUUUACUUCUAAACCAAAAGAAAAGAAAGACACAGAUAACAAGAAUUCUGAUAAACCUAUUAAAAAGGAAAAGACAAUUAAGACAGAAAAAAAUACUAAAACGAAGAGAGGUAAGAAGACAGAAAAAAAUACAUCUCCAGAAAAAAAAAUAAUCCCAGAGAAUAGCGAAACUGCCAGAAAAAAUGCUCAAUUGGAAGCAAAGAAAAGGGCAGCUGAAAUUCUUAGCGAAAGAACAACACGAAGUAAAAGUAUUAAGAAUAAAACGAGUACAAGUACUUCUAACGAAACUACAAAUAAUAAAAGUAAUGUGGAACAGACAAAAAAAUCUAAUACUAAACAAAAUGAAACAGAAAAAUCAGAGAAUUCUGAUAAAACAAUAAGCAAUACUAUAUCCAGACAAUUAAGAUCUCGAAAACAAAUAAAACUAUCAAAUGAGGAUAAUCCUGUAGAUUCUAAAUCGACAAAGAAAGAAAAAGUUACUACUACACGUUCGACAAGAAGUAAACAAAAGAGCAAAGUUGUAGAAGAAGAUUCUUUUGAAGAAAUGGAUGAAAGUUCAUCCGAAGAAUAUGACUCUGAAAAAGAAUUUGCUCCUCCAAAAAAGCGGUCUAUUUCUAAACCUAAAAACAACGUAAGAAAAUCAUCUAUAAAAAAAGAAAAUAAAUUAUUGUCUUCAGAUGAUGAAGCAAAUGAUGAUAUUAACAAUACAAAGAAUAAUAAAAAUUUCUGGUUGGAGGUAUAUGUGGAAUCAGAAGAAAAUUGGAUUAGUGUAAAUAUAAUGGAUGAAAAAGUACACUGCGUGAAUGAGUUAUAUAAAGCAGCUUCCAAACCAGUAUUAUAUGUUAUCGCUUGGAACAUGGAUGGAACGUUGAGAGAUGUUACAAGACGUUAUUGUCCUCAUUGGCUUACCGUUACACGUAAACAACGUAUUGAUGAAAAUUGGUUCAAAGAUACAUUGCAUCCUUGGAAAGAGAAAAAGUCAGCUAUAUCAGAAGCAGAGGAUAAAUUAUUAGAACAAAAGGAAUUAGAACAACCUUUACCUAAGACAAUUGGCGAAUGUAAAAAUCAUCCACAUUACGUACUUAUUAGACAUUUACUUAAAUAUGAAGCAUUAUAUCCUUCAGAUUGCGUGCCAUUAGGUUAUUUACCAAACGGCGAAGCAAUCUAUUCUCGUCAUUGUGUAUAUGUACUUUCUUCUAGAGAAACAUGGUUGAGAAAAGCACGAGUUGUUAAGCCUAAUCAAGAAGCUUAUAAAGUUGUUAAAGCUCUUCCAAAAUAUGACAAGCUUUCAGGAGCAAAAUUAGCAGAUAGAAUGUUAGAAUUAUUUGGCGAAUGGCAGACUACUGAGUACGUUCCACCAGAAGCUAAAGACGGAAUUGUUCCUAGAAAUGAAUAUGGAAAUGUAGAUUUGUUUCAAAAAUCUAUGCUUCCAAAAGGAACUGUAUACAUUGAUCUUCCAGGAUUAAAUCGAAUUGCACGAAAAUUGAAUAUUGAUUGUGCACCUGCAGUUAUCGGUUUUAAAUUUGGAACUAUGGGAGCUUUACCAGCGUUCGAAGGUUUCGUUGUUUGUACAGAAUAUGAGGAUACUUUAAGAGAAGCAUGGGAAUCAGAACAAAUAGAAGCAAAGAAACGUGCUCGUGAAAAACGUUUCAAAAGAAUUUAUGGUAACUGGAAAAGAUUGAUUGACGGUAUGCGCAUUAAAGAAAAAUUAGCUGAAAAAUAUGAAUUUCAUAAAGAAAAGACUACGACAACGAACUCGACUAAACGUACAAAACAAAAAACAACCGAUGCGAAACGUCAAAAAACUACGUAAGAUUAUUUUCGUAAUUAUGAUAAACAGAUUGUUUAUUAUUAAUAAUUGUGCC